CCACAAAUCAGCAGCGCCAACUUCAUUUCAUUAUAGUGCGGAGACGCUCACCGCUCCCAACAGCCCCAGGCCAUUGCAACGAAGAUAUCCGUGGAUAAACCAAAAUCAUUCUCUUUUUGCCAACUGAAUGUGUUUUUUCAUGCUCAAAUCAAGUGACGUAAGUUCUAAUAUGCUUUUAUAUUGAGUGAGAACAAUAUUCGUCGCGCGUCAUCGUCAAAUGCGCGCGCCCGUACAAAUCCUCAAAAACCUGCAGAAAGACACUCAGGGCUCGUAUUGUUAGAGAAGCGGAGUGGGGUCCCACACGUGAAUGGUUUCAACUCGAGAGAUUUGACAUUUGGUGCUCUUCCUCACACAGAUGAAAAUUUACAUCUCAUAAAUGCGUGGCAACCCCAGUCAUACCCCACACCGGAUAAUGGACAUGAAUUGAAAAAUUCUGGAUCUGUCACAGCAAAAAUGGAGAAGCAUAUCCGUGCAAUUUCAGUCUCGUGUCAACCAACAGAUAAUUAAUGAAGGAAUGGCGAAGCUCAGAUUUUCUUGAUAUAACCACCCUUUGCAAGUCACAGCACAUACGGACAUGCCAUGGAUCUCCUUUGGGUUCUAUACUCCAUGCUGACUGUAUGUAUGGCCAUCAAUUUGGAAGCUACUGGGAGCCAUAGCAUGUUUACCUGUGAGCCUAUCACAUUAAGGAUGUGCCAGGGUCUCUCCUACAAUACCACCUUCAUGCCCAACCUUCUAAAUCACUAUGACCAGCAGACCGCUGCUCUCGCCAUGGAGCCCUUUCAUCCUAUGGUGAACUUGGAGUGCUCUACUGAAAUACGCCCUUUCCUGUGUGCCCUUUACACACCCGUGUGCACAGAGUACGGCCGUGUGACCCUGCCAUGUCGGCACCUGUGCCAGCGUGCCAAGAGCGAUUGCUACAAGCUCAUGGACAUGUUUGGGGUCAGCUGGCCAGAUGAGAUGGAGUGUAGCAGGUUUCCAGAAUGUGAUGAGUCUUACCCCCGAGCGAUAGACCUGCUCCCAAGCAGUGACGGCACGGAGGAAUCUCCCUCAUCGGUUCAGCGGGACUAUGGCUUCUGGUGCCCACGAGAGCUGAAGAUCGAGCCUGACUUGGGCUACUCAUUCAUGGGUGUCCGCGACUGCUCACCUCCCUGCCCAAACAUGUACUUCCGCAAAGAUGAGCUCAUCUUCGCACGCUAUUUUAUCGGCGUCAUUUCCAUUGUCUGCCUGUCGGCGACGCUCUUCACCUUCCUGACCUUUCUCAUUGACGUCGGGCGCUUCCGCUACCCUGAACGGCCCAUCAUCUUCUACGCGGUCUGCUACAUGAUGGUGUCCCUGGUCUUCUUUCUGGGCUUCCUGCUGGAGGAGCGCGUGUCGUGCAACGCAGCGAGCCCGGGUCGUUUCCGCGCCGCCACCGUCACCCAGGGCUCCCACAACAAGGCCUGUACGCUGCUCUUUAUGACACUCUACUUCUUCACCAUGGCAGGAAGUGUUUGGUGGGUCAUUCUCACCAUCACCUGGUUCCUGGCGGCUGUUCCCAAAUGGGGAAGUGAGGCUAUUGAGAAGAAGGCCUUGCUGUUCCAUGCGGUGGCCUGGGGCGUCCCGGGGGCCCUCACCAUCACCCUCAUGGCCAUGAACAAAAUCGAGGGUGACAGCAUGAGCGGCGUGUGUUUUGUGGGGCUCUACGACCUCAUGGCCUUGCGCUGGUUCCUCUUGGUGCCUCUCGCACUGGAUGUGGUCGUAGGUGUGGUGCUGCUGUUAGCCGGUAUCGCGGCGCUAAAUAGGGUCCGAAUGGAAAUUCCCUUAGAGAAGGAGAACCAAGACAAACUGGUGAAGUUCAUGAUCCGAAUCGGCGUGUUUUCCGUCCUGUAUCUGGUGCCACUGCUGACAGUCAUUGGAUGCUAUUUGUAUGAGCAGAGCCACAGAUCAGUGUGGGAGACCACCUGGGUACAGGAGCGCUGCAGAGAGUACCACAUCCCCUGCCCCUUUAAGGUGGAACAAACAAGCAGGCCAGAUAUCGCCUUGUUCCUCAUUAAGUACCUGAUGAUGCUGGUGGUGGGCAUCCCGUCAGUGUUUUGGGUCGGCAGUAAAAAGACCUGCUUCGAGUGGGCCAGUUUCUUCAAUGGGCAACGCAAAAAAGACAGUGCAGUGCACGAGAGCAGGCAGGUGCUGCAGGAGCCCGACUUCACCCAGCUCCUCCUCAGGGACCCCAACACCCCAGUGGUGAGGAAGUCUAGAGGCACCUCAACACAGGGCACCUCCACUCACGCCUCCUCCACGCACCUCGCCAUGUUGGACGAGCCCCCCAGCGCCAGCACCAGCCGCGCCAGCAGCGUGCGCAGCAAAUCAAGCAGCUUCCACGGCAGCCUGCACCGCUCCCGAGAUGGAAGAUACACAGCUUGCAGUUAUCGUGGUGUCGAGGAACGUCUCCCUCACGGGAGCACCCUGCGCCUUAAUGAUCCGCUCCAGCACUGCGGCGUCAACCGCCUCGACAGCCAUUCGCGGCACGGCAGCCUGCAGCGUCUGGAGAGCCAAUCGCGGCACAGCAGCAUGCGGGACCUCAGCAUCACAGCACAGGCCAUCCAAAGCAGCCCUGGCAACGGCAUUCACCGCGUCGUAGAGGAGGAUGCGACCAAGGCGUGAACUUUAAUGUGCCAACAAAUAGAGUGAAAAGAACAUGGACUCUUCUGGCACAAAACUCCUCACAGUGGAUCUCACAAAUAUACGAGAGCAUUCAAACUACACAGUGCACUAUGUGCGUUCUCUGGGAAUUGAACCCACAACCUUGCCGUUGUUAGAGCCUUGCGCUACUAGUUGAGCUACAUGAAUGAAAUGGACUUUACUUUACUUUAAAAUAAGAUCAUGUGGAGGAUGCCAAACACUUGAAAAUGUGCAAAACUGUGCAAAAAUAACAUACACUAUCGUUAAAAAGUUUGCGGUCAGUAUGAUUUUCAGAAAGAAAUUAAUACUUUUAUUCAGCACAGAUGCAUUAAAUUGAUCAAAAGAGACAGUAAAGAUAUUUAUAAUGUUACAAAAGACUUAUAUUUCAAAUGAAUGCUGUUCAUUUGAACUUUCUAUACAUUGAAGAAUCCUGAAAAGAAUAAAAUCCAAUUUCUUAAGGAACAAAUCAACAUAUUAGCAUGAUUUCUGAAGUGAUAUUGAAAAAUUCGGCUUUGCCAUCUUAAGAAUAAAUUACAUUUUAAAAUAUAUUAAAACAGAAAAUUAUUUUGAAAUGUAAUAUCUCACAAUAUUACUUUUUACUGUAUUUUUGAUCAAAUAAAAGCAGCCUUGGUUAGAAUUAGAGACUCUUUUCAAAAACAUUACGAAAAUCUUACAGAUCCCAAACUGAACGGUAGUGUAUAUAUGUUCCUUUAGCUUUUCUUAAGUAAAAUCUGUGUGGAACCUCUCGUCAAACGGUUCCUACAUAAACAGGGUCAAACGUAAGGGCUUUUGAUACGUCAUCAUUCUGUGAUGUGUUGAGGCACUUGUUUUAUACUCCCAUGAUUUAAGCUUUCUGAUUUGUACCACUACAGAUGUGGUUUUGAAUGUUUCUUUCCAUUGUUUGUUGCACUUUUGACCUUUUUGUAGAACAGAACUAGUGAUAGAUACUGUCAUCCUGCACAUUUGGGUCGAAUUUAAAAGGACAGUUCACCCAAAAAUGAAAAUUCUGUCGUCAUUUUACUCACCCUUGUGACAUUCCAAACUUGUAUGAUAGUUUUUUUUUCCCUGUGGAAGACAAAAGGAGAAGUUAAAGGGAUAGUUCAUCCAAAAAUGAAAAUUCUGUCAUCAUUUACUCACCAUCAAGUUGUUCCAUAAAUUUAUAAAUUUCUUUGUUCCGCUGAACACAAAAGAAGAUAUUUUGAAGAAUAUGGGUAACCAAACAGUUGAUGGACCCCAUUGACUUCCAUAGUAUGGAGAAAAUAUAUAUACUAUGGAAGUCAAUGGGGUCCAUCAACUGUUUGGUUACAGACAUUCUGCAAAAUAUCUUCUUUUGUGUUCAGCAGAAGAACGAAAUUCAUACAGGUUUGUAACAACUUGAGGGUCAGUAUUUUCAUUUUUGGGUGAACUAUCCCUUUAAGCUUCUCUUUUACAUACAGUGAUAGUAAAUAUUGACCAAGGGUUGUAAAACUCCAAACGAUCCAUGUGCAUUAUAUUGCAAGUCUUAUAUUUGUGGGAGGAAAAAGUAGAAUUUAGGAGAAAAUUAAAAGGUAUGAAUUCGAUAAUCUUUUCCAAUGCCAAACUUCAUUAUUUCCCAUGUCCCAUAGCUGAGGUUGAGGAAACGAUGACAAAAUUUUCAUUUUUGUGUGAAAUAUCCCUUAAAGUGUGAAGAGCUGAAUUUCAAAAACAACUAAAAUGUAAAAUAUCAUUUAACAUCAGUCAUUUUAGAAUAGAUACUGUAGGAAAUUUUCGAUCGGUAAUUGGCCUAUACUUUACAACCCAGCUCUUCUGUUGAGUUUUAGCACUAAUAAUAAUUAGUCGUCAUUUUCGUGUCAUUUACCGAAAACUGUGAAAAGCUUCUUUUUUUUUAAAACAUGUUUUAUGUGCUUUAUGUACAAAAUAAAACCACUCUCAACACA